UCAUGGCGAAUCCUUUUUUGAUGGACGAAGACCUGGAUGGUUGCGAUGCAGCUGCCAACCCGUUUCUCAUGCAAUCAGAACCUGAACCUAGUACGGAUAAUCCUUUUGGAGCAGCUACCGGCGCCUCAAAUCCAUUUGCCUUUGGCGCCGAUGAUCUCGAGUUGGGGGCGGAACCGGAAGCGGAAGCUGCCCAUGACAACGAUCUUGACCCGGCAAUGAGUUUCUUUGGCACUACGAUCGAGGCGGAGGACGAUGCGUUGAGUUUGAAAUCAGGCGCCGAGGAGGAGGACGAGGGCAAGAAACUGCCUCAGGCACAGCCACAGUUGCAAUCGCACACGCACCCGCCCCCGUCACGCCCUCAGGCUCCUCCCCAGAGCACCCAAGACUUAAUUAGUACGGUGUCCAGUCAGUUGGACGAAACUAGUUCGGAGCUACUAGGUCGUAUACCUGCCACCCGAUCGCCCAGCCCGGUUUCGAUGCGGGAUCUGCACUCGCCGAGUCCUACUCCGGACUCGGGACUAGCCGAUCUCCUGGAUGUGUCGGUGGAUAGUGGAUCGAGUGCCCAUACUCAAGGAAUGGAGGCUCAUUUAAUAGGGGGAGUGGCAGGCGGGGUGCCGCUAGAUAAUCCCUUUGCAGUUCCGACAGCGGUGCCGAAUAUACAGGCGGCAGCUCCACUGCCUGCCACACCGAUGAAACAACCCCCUCGCCCACCACCGCCUCGUCCUGCUCCCCCACGUCCCGCUCCUCCAGGUCAAGCUGCACCACAGAGACCUCCACCACCGGUGGCCGCAGCUGGUCCACCGCCAGCCGCUCCAGAAGCGGAUGACCUUUUGGAUAUGUUUGGUACUACGGCAAGUAAGCCGGUCAAGCCGCCGCCACCCAAGUCUAAGGAGGACAUACUGAGUCUCUUUGAGCAACCACAUGCACCACCAGCCCCAUCAGCAUCCAAGCCGGACUUACUGCAUGACGAUCUGCCCGAGGCGAUUGGGGAGGAUGUGCCGCAGGAACAAGAGGAGCUGAACGAGGAGCAGAGGAACGGAAACAACUCACGAGAUGAACCAGUAUUUACUUCCCUACUAAUACGACCGGACGAAAGCACCCAUGACAUAACCUCCCAACCACAGGCAGCUACUGGAUUGGAACGGCAGGUGAAUAAUAUGGCUGCACCACCGGGGGCCGCCAGCACGCAGAGGGCUACCACACCGGAUAUUGAGAUCACCACGGUGGAGGAUCUGCCGCGAUCUGAUGACGAGGAUGAGCCGCAGGCUAAGCAGGAACCGGAGACAGAUACGAAACCAAAAAUCGAACCCGAAAGGGAGCCCGAAAUCGUCUCUGAUCACAGCCCCCCAACGGAAGGCCUAGUGACCACCCAGGCAGCUCUCGUCGAUGAUGAGCCCAUAGCCAGUGAGCCCGAGCCGGAGCCGGAGCAAAUGGACACCGGUCUAGACUUUCCGCUGGCUUCCAGCGGCCUGGCCAGCGGUCAGUUGUCCGCCAAUCCCUUCGCCAGCCCCGAGGAGGAAGAGGAGCCGAACCUCGCACCCGUGCCAGCGGUAGUUGCCAAUAUAUUUGCGGUGAACGAUCCGGAACCGGAGAUGGAAACACCGCAAGCGCCCAGCUAUACGGCCAAUAUCUUUGCUUCCGAGCCAGACGAGUUUGACGCAUUCUCAGCCAAGUUUGACUCGGUGAAGAAGGACAAUAUCAGCAUUCUGGAUGGUUUUGGCGGUUCCGGAGCGAUAACGCCCACAGGCGGGGAUGCUUGGGGAGAUAGCGCUUUCGGAUCGGCUACAAUCUCGGCUAAUGCUUUUGGCGACACCAAUUCGGCGGAUAAUGGAUUCGGCAACGAGGACGAUGACUUCUAUGCAAUGCAGGCGCCCGCACGCGCAGAUUCCGUGGAAUCGGUGGACAAGGAGUUCAGCGUGGUUAUCCGCCCGAAGGCUGAAGGAACUAGUGGGGUAGCCCCCCAGCUUGCGCCACCACCACCGCCGGCGCGUGGGGUUAACCAGGCACAGACCACAUCCCCGCCUGGCUCAACCGUCAAUCCGUUCGAGGAUGUUAGUGGCUUCCCGGCUCCGGGACCGCCACCAGCCGAUGGAACCGUCAUUAAACGCACGGACUCGCAGGACACUCCACAGACACCGCUCUAUGACGAGGAUGUAUCACAACCGCUGGAGGAGUUUCCGAGACUCCAUUACAUUGGACCCGGAUGGGAGAUGCAACUCCGGCAGCCCAACAAGAAGAAGAUCACUGGUCAGCGCUUCUGGAAGAAAAUCUUUGUUCGACUGGUGGUGCAGAACGAUGUGCCGGUGGUGCAGCUGCUUAACCAGGCGGGCGAUAAGCAACCCUUCCAAGAACUGCCCUUACAACCGUCGUAUUCUGUGUCGGAGAUCGGGGCUCAGCAGUAUGACCAGUUCGGCAAGAUUUUCACGAUGAAACUACAGUACAUUUUCUACAAGGAGAGACCCGGUGUUAGACCCGGUCAAGUAACAAAGGCGGAGCGGAUCACAAAUAAGCUGACCAAGUUCGCACAAUACGCCAUCGCUGGCGACUACGAAGGCGUCAAGGAGUUUGGCAGCGAUUUAAAAAAACUAGGCCUGCCAGUGGAGCAUGCGCCGCAGUCGUCCCAGCUCUUCAAGAUUGGCUCAAUGAACUACGAGGACAUGAAGCAGUUCUCGGUCUGCAUCGAGGAGGCAUUGUUCAAGCUUCCGGCUCUGCGGGAGCGAGCGUUGACAUACAAAAUGGAGGAGGUCCAGGUAACCGCCGUUGAUGAGAUUACUGUGGAACAGGACUUCGAGGGCAAGAUCCUCAAACAGAUUGCCCGAGUGCGACUCUUCUUCCUCGCUUUUCUUACCGGCAUGCCCACCAUCGAGUUGGGCGUAAACGAUAUGUGGCGGCAGGGGAAGGAGGUUGUCGGCCGGCACGACAUCAUCCCGGUGGCCACCGAGGAGUGGAUCAGGCUGGAGGCCGUUGAGUUUCAUAGUGUUGUUAAUCAGCAGGAGUACGAGAGAACGCGCACCAUCAAAUUUCAACCGCCAGACGCGAACUAUAUUGAGCUGCUCCGCUUUCGUGUGCGUCCGCCCAAGAAUCGCGAACUUCCGCUGCAGCUGAAGGCAACCUGGUGCGUCAGCGGCAACAAGGUAGAACUGCGGGCCGACAUCUUGGUGCCGGGAUUCACCUCCCGCAAGUUAGGCCAAAUCCCCUGCGAGGAUGUCUCCGUGCGCUUCCCGAUACCCGAAUGCUGGAUCUACUUGUUCCGUGUCGAGAAGCACUUCAGAUAUGGCUCGGUUAAGUCAGCUCAUCGGCGAACAGGCAAGAUUAAGGGUAUCGAGCGGAUCCUGGGUGCCGUAGACACGCUUCAGGAGUCGCUGAUCGAGGUGACCUCCGGACAGGCCAAAUACGAGCAUCACCAUCGGGCCAUUGUGUGGCGUUGUCCCCGUUUGCCCAAAGAGGGUCAAGGUGCGUAUACCACACAUCAGCUGGUCUGCCGCAUGGCACUUACAUCGUAUGACCAGAUUCCAAGCGAACUGGCGCCAUACGCUUUCGUGGAGUUCACUAUGCCCGCCACGCAGGUCUCGCAUACCACCGUGCGCUCCGUGAGUGUCCAAGAUUCGGAUGCCGAUGAACCGCCAGAGAAGUACGUCCGCUAUUUGGCACGGCACGAGUACAAGGUUGGCAUCGAGACCACGCACGGCGAGUCCACGAACGCGUAUUUGGCGGCAACGCGUCCUAUUCGCGAGGAGCCGCCCAGCACGGCCACCAAUCCUACUGCGUCCCCGGUCCCGCCCAGCGAUUCGGACACGGACUCCAACUAAGCUGGCUAUCCGCGCUGCUCCGGUGUUUAUCCGGUGGCACACUAGGGCUCAAUCUGAUAUUCACACUCCCAUGUGAAUGGAAAGGCGGUGCCACUGGCAGCAGCUUUUUGUAGAUAUUCCUCUUGCAUGGGUUUCCUUAUCGUUCUUGUUAUAUACUUACAUGAUACUUACAUGAUCCGUUUGCAAUACAGCAAUUAAAGAGUGCGAGUAAAGCAGACAAAGGAAAAAGCUUACGCUGUGUAAAAAGCCAAAUGAACGAAGUCGAGUCGAGAUCUGUGGAUCCAUCAGCCGGCGAGCAGAAAGCUAAAGCAUCUUACGUAACCUUUAAUCUAUGAACCAUAUAACCACAGCCAUAGUCACCCGACCUAACCCAGCCAAGCCCUAAAAAAUUAAACUUCGUUACUUGUAGACAUAUGAUCACGUUAAUUUUAAUUGAAAUCAGACCAGAAUCGUACUUAAAGUCAACCCAUACAUAGUGGUUAUUAUCUCAAGACACUAAAA